CUGCACCUGACUUUGCAGACAGAGGAGCCCAGCCGGGCCAGUCUGAUGAUGGGUCAUGUACGAGGGAGGGUACAGACCAGUGAACAAACAGACUGCGGUAAAAUGUCAGGUCGCAUUUUGUUCUGAUGAUCUUUUUGGCACCUAAAUUAACCGGUAGAUGGAGCACCAGAAAGACUGAGUCAGACGCUGCAUUUACUGAUAAUAUAAGCCGCAGGUCCUCCUCAUCCUACCGCUCAUCGUCACGUUACAGCACCUCCAGCUCCUAUCGGUCAGAGGGAUCGCUGGGCGGAUCAUCCGAAUGUCUGGACCCCCUCUUUGAGCCGUUUCUGGACUCUGCUGAUCAUUCCAGUCUGUUUGGAGAAGAGGGACCUGGAAGCUGCUUGACCCCCUUCAGCAGGCAGAACAGAUCCUCCUAUGGACUCACUGCUCCUGUGGGUGGCACUGUAUCAGGUCGCCAGAGCAGCGUAGGCGGCGGGGUGCGUUGCCUGGGAGACAGCUACUACAUGUCUGCUGAUGUCAGCCAGUUUGAGCCGCAUGACAUAGUGGUGAUGGCCUACAAACACCGUGUUGUCAUUCAGGCCCAAAAGGUUUUGGAUGAUGGAAGCAUCAGUGACACCUUCACCCAUAAGUCCCUGUUCCCAGAGGAUAUGGACCCCCUGUCGGUCAGCGGGACCCUUAACCCUGAUGGUAACCUGGUGGUGAGUGUCCGGCGGACCACAGCGCUUGGUGGGCUGGAGCCCCCGGGAGUACCCACCUACCCCAGCGAGGCUCAUCUUUGACUUGUGGCCUCAUAGUGUUCCUGAUUAUCUAAUCUACCAUUGUUUUAACAUUAUUACUUUAUAAUCAAUAAUGGCAUCAGAAUUUAAAUGAAUUGAGUCUGUGAAUUAUAUUUAAUAUUAAUGUAAUUUGCUUUAUUGUUUACAGUAUAUCCAUGAUGAUGAUCCCUUAUCCUUUAGUCUCUCACAAGGUUGUCUUGUCUGUGUUUUCCCCUUAUCAAAAUUUUUAUAUCAUUAUUUGCUGUAAAUCUGCAGCUCGUUAAGUUUGUGAGGUCAUGGUGUGGUGAUGGAGACAUUGGAGGAAUAAAAAUAAGUCUAUCCAAAUAAAAAUAAAACAAUCUUUAAGUUUAGUUGUUGGAGGUUUGAUGGGUUUUGUUGGGUUACUCUCAUCUCACUGAGUCAGAAUUUAUCUUUUUACUUGACCCAUGCAAUGAAUCUGCUUUUUUCAAGUUCAUGUUGUAAAUUCAUAAUAUUCAUGAAAGUUUGAAAAACUACAGGAAGUCACUAACUUUGUAGUAUUACACUGAGUGAAGAAGUUCCAAUAAAUAUCUGUU